AAAUGGCCAAGAAGAAGAAGUGUGAACACAGGAAUGCCAACAACUUGAAGUCCUCAGUUUUUAAUCAGUUCACAUAAACAACCAUUUUUUUUCAAACUUAAACUAACACUGCUCGAGCUGUGACUCUGGACUGAGAUGGGAAUUGAUGGUGAAUUGAGCUCCAGCCCUUGGUUGAAAGAGUACUCUGCUUUAUGAUGCAUGAUCAGUGUGUUGUUGGCAAAGUAAAAGCUGUCUGACCGGGUCUCGAAUGGGUGAGUGAUCAUCUCUGCAACUGAAAUGAACAUAAGAGAUCAGGUGUUGUACACUGAUAAACAUACACAAGCAGUGUUUCUGCUGUGUGGAAUACAAAAACCGAUCUCAAAGUCAAAUGUCUUCAGCAGUAGAUCCCUGAAGUAAUGUCGCUCAAUAAGUCGAAAUUUGUUUACUGCUUUACCACCCACUGUAAACUCCAACCUGGUUGGUAAAGAGAAGGAACUGGAUGCUGCCAGUGAUACGACGAGACGGUCAGAGGGAGGAGAAAUAGAAAGAGAGCAUGCAGGAGUGAGCGUUACAGAAAUGAACAGGAUAUAGGUGUUUGCUUCUUGGUACGUUAAGGUUUCACAUGUGAAGUUUGGUCUCGGUGGUCGGAGUUAGCAGUGAGUUUCUUCAGAAAUAUGAAGUAUGCCGCAUUGGUAAUUUGGGCAAGGCUGAAAUCAGCCAUGUUACACUGAAAGAGAGAAUAGAAGAAAAGAGGAACAAAAAGGCUGUGCAAACCUUUCCGGCCUAGAUACAUGCACGAUUACCCCAGCAGAACGCUAAGUGUGCAAUAUGAACCUGUUACAUAAAUGCAUUUGCAGAUAAAUUUCUCCUGAGAGUUUUUACACAAUCUCACAUUUUGGAGACUCAAAAGUGGAUAUAAAAGACAAUAUUUGCUCACCUGAGCAUUAACAAAUACCUUGUAAGAAACCUUCUUGAGUUUCUCCCGAGUGACUAUUUAGCCAGCAUGCACAUCCCGAGGCAAAUUUUCAGCAAUGUCCUGCUUGUUUUUGGACUUUGUUUUGCGUCCAUUCAGGCAGAAGAGAUAAAUAGGACGGACACAUAUGCCACCAGCGUAUUAUCGAUUACUGAGACUGUGAAAGAAACAUUAAUGACUGAAAGCACCAGUACGUAUCCACCUACAAAUAUUGUCACAGCACUAACAACAGAACCAAAUCAGGUUCAUUCAGAAUCCACACAGAGUUAUCAAAUAAGCACGAAUCUUGAUGAAUCAACAGCUGGGACUACUGUGCAAAAUGUUAUCGGGACAGAACAAACGACACCAUCAUCUGUUUUUGAAAGAACAACUGCAGAACAAACAACCAUGGCGGUGAAAACAACAACCAUCACUGUGACUGAAUCGACAACUUCUUUGCCAACCACGAGUCUUUACGAAACCACUGGUGGCAUCACUACUGCUGACCUGACCAGUUUGCCUCCUGUACAUCACGAACAUGAGCCGACCACAACAACAGAUGCAGUGACUACUGAAUUAACAGAAGCUACCACUUUACAACAAACCAGAGACCGGACUGAGUCCAGUACAUCCAUCACAUCCACGGCUGUGGAAGCCACCACAUCUGCUUAUGUUACCACAUCGAUCUCUACAACUAAAACUCUAACUUUCACAUCACAAUAUAUUCAUGGUGGUCCUGAACCGCACCACUCGACGUCUGGAGAAGGCAUCAAUUUUACACCUUCUACCACUGUUGGACAUGCGAGUGAAACUAUCCCGUUCCAUCAGACACAAGGUUUUAUAAUCAUAGUGUGUGUAAGUAUUGUUUGUAUGCUAUUUGUGUGCUUGUUACUGUGUAUCCUAUGUCGAAAGAAAAAAAACACCUCGGGAAAGUUCGGCCCUGGGUACAUGAAUGGACAAAAUGCCAAGAAGAAAAAAGGGGUGGAGAAGGAUGCGUGGGCGGGGCCUGUGCAUUUGGAGGCUGGAGAGAGAGUGGAAUGUGAUGGAGAGGUACAGGGUGCUCCGGAGUCUGCUAAUGGAAACAGGGAUGGAGACGAUGUGGUGCUCAGCACGUUUGCCCCCUUCGAAACAGAUGACACAUCUAACGGUGGAGUGGGUGGGGAAGGAACCAAAGAAGCUAAGAAAUGGGAGGAGCAAGAACCUUUGCUUUACAUAGAUGAGGAUGAGGACAAGAUUACAGAGAGGAACAAUGAAGAGAAACCGGCUUCUGAUGAGAAGACGUUUAGUGGAGAAGCAUUUUGUCUCACAACAGCAGUCUAAUAUUCUUUAUAUGAACUUACUUUAUCUGACUGGCCAUUGUGUCAUAAACAAGUACAAACAAAACUCUUUACAAAUACAUUUGGUAGCAUCAGCAAUUCUCAUUUCAAUCCAAAUAAGCACUGAAUGAAUCUUUUUUUGGUUAUUAUUGUUAUAUUUUAUUUUUCCAAAAGGGUAUGUGCCUCUUGCUUUUGGCCUGCAUUGUCCAAAUUUCAUUUUUCACUGUUACCAUCUUCUCAAAAUAUGCAUUUAAAUGAACGAUUUCUAAAAAAAUUUUUUUACAAAAUAAACAAUUUUUUUUAAUUUUAAUGUCAAACAUUUUGGUAAAGUGAGUUAUUACUGAAUCCUGGUAAAAUACAAAGAGUUAAUACUAAAUCAAUGAAGCUGGUAAAACAAACAAAGUGGUUCACUGUCUCGUAAUCAUAGGGAACCAUUUUAAGUGCCAUAAGUGUAAUUAAAUGUAUUUUUUAGUGCUGGGCAAAGAUUAAUCACAAUUAAUCGCAUACAAAAUAAAAGUGAUUUUUUU